CAUUUUCAGUUGACGCUUGAGCCUCGAUUGUUGUGGUUUAGUUCGGUCUUAAUUCAGUACGAGUUCGUGUUUCGCCGGACGAUCAGUUUUGGAAAUCAUGAGUUAAUUGAUACUCCACCGAAAAAGAAUCUCCAUUACCAAUAAUUUCAAUUCAUCAUCACUUAAAAUUUUUGUUCCUCGCACAUCGGAUACCUUCAACGGAAAAGAAACCGUGUUGUGUCGCGAACGGAGAAGGCAUGUCGGGAGUAACGUUGACGUCGGGGACGACGACAUCCGGCACGACGGUGAACACGGGGGCCGUCGAAUUAACUGAUAGCGGGGGCAGAGCCCUAAAACUUCAAACGGAUGCCCCGCACUUGGUCAGCAUGGGAGGAGGUAGACUCAGCACGGCGGUUACCUUGCACCCAUUACCACAAGGUAGAGUAACUUUGGGAAGUAGUCCAGCAGCAGAUAUUAAAGUUCAAGGUACUGGGGUACUACCAAUGCAUUGUCACAUAGAAAAUUGCGAUGGAAUAGUAACAAUUUACCCUCUAUCCGAAAAUUUGUGCAUAGACAGCGUUCCAGUAACAGGAGCAACUCGUUUAUCUCAAGGUGCCAUGUUAACAAUAGGUCGUUCAAAUUAUAUGCGAUUUAAUCACCCGGCUGAGGCUAAACUAAUAAAGGCAGCUCUACCAAAUUCAAGGAUUUCAAUGACGCCUAUGUCUUUUGAAGUCGAAAGUGGUUAUCAGUCCCCAAAGUACGGUAAAAAACCGCCGGUGGUGCCAAGAAAGAUCUCUACCUCACGAGAUUCUCUAUCCGAUGACGAAAAACCGUCGAGUAUAAUGACUAAAGUAACCAAAUUCGAAUAUUUAGCCGCUCAAAAUUUAAAGAAAUCGAUCUCACCGAAAGUGUUCUCAUCGAAUUUGGUUACCGUAAAUAUGCCGGCUAAAGACGUUUUAGGAAAAACGCCGCCGGAUUUGCAAACGUUUGCUAAGAAUCUCCCUCAAUCCGCUUUGAAUUAUUCCGAACUAAACCACACUGAAAAACAAAAAAUUAAAACGCCCGACAGACAAAUUUUCGGUAGAAAAUCUCCAAAUUACGUGAACGUUACAUUAAAUGAAACAAAAACCAUCAACAACCGAGUGGUGAUAUACGAGAACGGAUGCGUGCCAAAACACCAGAAAGUGGGAAACGACGGCGCUAAUGACCUGAAUAUCAUCAAUAACAGGAAUUGCGGUACGACGACAACGCAGAAUUUGAACAAGACCGUGAACGUCAGCAGGACAACGACUUCGUCACCUUGUUUUAAUAAUACUUCCUGUAACGGAAACUCGAUCAAUAUCAAUCAACAACAGUGUUGCGAUCCUGCUGAUAUGUACAAGUGCGUGCCAGCUGUUUGCGGAGUUUCCGGACACUUGGAGGAUGUUGCUUUAAGAAAGAAUGAAGCUGAAUUGCGUAGAAAUCAAGUGAGUAUUACAGGUAUUACAUAAUUAUUAUUAAGUGGC